GAGAGAGAGAGAGUAUAUGAAAAGUAGAAGGAGUAAAAAGAAAGGCUGAUCAAACAGGGAAGGUUUAGGACCAACAGAAGACUUUCAUAUAGCCGGGCAAAUGCUUGAAAAUGAGGACUGCUGCCAUUGCCUCCCUGCUACUGAUCCUGGCUGCUGAGGCCACUUGUGAAAUACAAGUUAAGAGCUUUUUGGGUGGUGGAUUACUCGUAAAAUGCAAAUUUGAUGACAAAUACAAAAAUCACAUAAAGUACUUCUGCAAGGCUGAAGACAAGACCACCUGUCCCUUCGAAAGAUAUGGUAAGGCAGUGGAUGAACGAUAUACAGAGAGGAAUGUCAGAGAUGAUGGCUACUACAUUGUGGUGAUCAAGCAACUGACACUCAGUGACGCUACAAAUUAUGGAUGUGCUGUUGAAAAUGAAGAGGAUGCUUACAUUAAAGUGACCAUUACCAUAAAAGAAGGUGAAUGCUGCCAAGGGCCUCUGACCAUACCAGCAGCUGUGGGGCAGCCUGUAGACAUCCCAUGCAAGUACCCAAGAGAAUCGAGAGACAACGGCAAGGUUUUCUGUACACAGGACAUUAUUAGUGUCACCUGUUACGGCCUGUCUGAGUCUCGGACGAGGUUCUCAAUGACGGAUGACAAUCACAGACUGACUUUCAUGGUGCACAUAAACAAUGUGACCAGUAGGGACCUUCAGAAGACGGUGUUCUGGUGUGGCGUCAGGACAGGAGGCAACACUGGUAGUGUGGCACUCCUCACAGAAGUCCACCUUAAAGAGCAAGACACAGACACAUCGUCCCCAUCUCCACCAGAGCUGCCGUUGAUAAUGGGAGUGUGCCUUACCCUGUUUGUGUUGCUGGUGGCAAUUGCUGUCUUCCUAUUUGCCAAACGCCAGCAUAGAAGAACAUCAAGGCACGCUGCGGGGUCAUACAGCCCUGCCUCAAAGACAUCUGCAAACAAGAUUAAGCCUGCAGACCGACCUGUGGCCUCUGGCGAGGGGGAGUAUGAGGAGAUCAAGGACACCGCCCGACCUCCUCAGCCGUCGACGCCGCACACCGUGACCUUCACAGAUGACCCCGCUGACCUCCAAAACGAUUUCAGGGAGCCUGAUAACCUCUGCGCAGAUGGCCCCGCCUACGCCGCCGUGCAAUUCGUCAAGAAUCCUGCAGGACAAGAACGAACCAAUGAGAGCUCUUCUGCCGAGCUGCAGGGGGAGGAGCAAGCGUGUGAAUAUGCCUCUGUCAAAUACAUUGAAGCCGAGUGACAAUGACAACCACAAUGCACUGAGACACACACACACAAAUACACAAAUUAUGACCAGGGCAAGGGGACUGAAAUUAUAUACCACCAUUCAAAAUGUCACACACAAUUAUUCUCUCUCUCUCUCAGCACCUGUGUUUUCAAGAAGACUUGGAUCCUCACAGCGCUUCCGUUCUCCUUUUACCUGAGCCAUAAAGUUAUAUAUUCAUUGGCUCACAUUCCCUGGGGUGAGGGAAGCAUUUUUGAUGGCUCGGUCUGCCGGAGAAGAAAUUUCCAUAAAGUGUCGAGGAUGGAAUAGGUGGGACCAGACUAGUAAAAUGGUCAGUGUCAGCUAAGUACAAUGUAAAGUAAAAUUGACUUUGAAACGAAGUCCUCCAUUUCAGAAACUCAACUGGAGAUUUUUUGUUUGUUGUUGUUAAUUUUGUUAUUAUUACAUUUUAGUGUAAUUGUUAUUUGCCUACACAGUGAAGUGUGUGUGUGUGUGUGUGUGUGUGUGUGUGUGUGUGUGUGUGUGUGUGUGUUCAUGAUUUAUUUUGUUAGCCCGCAAGGGUGACAACCACUUAACAGCUUCUUGGCUGCAAAUGAAGAGUUGCUUUUCUGCACACACAAGGCCUGUACAUAAAUAAACAAAGGAAUUACAAUAUAAAAGUAUAAUUGGCUUGCAGAUGUUAUUUAGAUGUUGUCAUUUUGCCAUGGCGUAAAUAAAUUAACCACUUUUGUCUUUUGUUAUUGUGAUGGCGCCAUCUUUUACCUCACCUGUGUAAAUUUUCAAGUU